AUGUCUCGACUUCCUUCCUCGUUUUUGGACCAGGGCCUUGGAUCUGAGGAGGAGGAAGAUGACGAUUUCAAUCCUACUCCUGCUGAAGAUUCCGACACUGAGCAAGCGGACAAGCAAGAGGUGGAGUUUGGCGAGCCUCGAAUGAAAGGCGAAAAGCAUGCUAGGGUUGAAAGAAUUAUGGGAGACGCUGGUGGUGAGGAUGAUGAAGAUUUACCAAGUUCCACCGGCAUUCACCAGGAUAUACGGAAAAGACGAGACCAUGAAGAAAAUGACGGUAACGAAAGUGCAGCGGCCAACGAUGGACUUGGCGACGACGACGAAGUACCGGAAGAUGAAGAUGAAGAUGAAGAAGAGGAAGAAGAUGAGGGGGCUGUAUCGGGACGCCCACGGAAACGUAGACGUGGUGGCCUGAACGCGUUCUUCGAAGAAGAGGCCGAGGUUGAAGAGGAGGAGGAAGAUGUUGAAGAGGAAGAGGAAGACAUGGAGGCCGAAUUCGUUCAUCCUGAUGACGAUGCAAUUCUUCCAGCUGGCGCUGAAACAGACGACCGCAGACAUCGUGAACUUGAUAGAAAGCGAGAUCUAGAGGCAACGAUGGACGCGGAAAAACAAGCCCAGGCCCUCAAAGAGCGAUAUGGCCGCAAUCGUGCUACGGCUUCGGACUUGGUAGUCGUUCCAAAACGUCUGUUACUCCCGAGUGUUGAGGAUCCCAGCAUCUGGGCCGUUAAAUGCCGCCCCGGAAAAGAGCGCGAAAUUGUUUUUAAUGUAAUGAAGAGAAUGGAAGAGCGCCAUUCAGGCUCAAGAAAUCCUAUUCGGAUCACAUCAAUAUUCGAACGGGGGGGCACUAUGAGUGGCUACAUAUAUGUUGAGGCGCGCAAACAAGCAGACGUCAUGGAUGCUUUGGAGAAUCUUUCCAAUGUGUUUAUUAGGUCAAAAUUGACCUUGAUAUCUGUCAAGGAGAUGCCUGAUCUUCUCAGGGUUCAAAAAUCGGAGGAAUUGCAGCCUGGUGGCUGGGUACGCAUCAAACGGGGGAAAUACCAGGGCGAUUUGGCACAGAUAGAAGAAGUUGAGACAAAUGGCCUUGAAGUCACCGUUAGGCUUGUUCCACGUCUCGAUUAUGGUAUGAAUGAUGAUGUGAAUGGCCCAAAUGGAGACUCAAAGCGAAAACGGCCUGGUGGUUCUAAUCCUGCGGUUGCUCGCCCACCUCAACGUUUAUUCAGUGAAGCGGAAGCAAAAAAAAGACAUGGAAGGUAUUUAUCGGCUGCGGCAGGUCUAGGCGGUAAAUCAUGGACCUAUCUUGGUGAUACAUAUAUUGAUGGAUUUCUCAUAAAAGAUAUGAAAAUCCAGCAUCUUAUCACGAAAAAUGUUAACCCCCAGCUUGAUGAAGUCACCAGAUUCGCUCGUGGUGCUGAUGACGGUACUGUCAACCUCGAUCUUGCUUCGCUGGCUGCUAGUCUUAAGAACACCACCAGCGAGGAUUCAUACGUACCUGGAGAUACUGUGGAAGUGUUCAGUGGGGAGCAGCGAGGCGUUGUCGGUAGAGUUCUUUCUGGUCGUGCCGAUAUUGUCUCUAUCAAAGUUACAGAGGGCGAGCUCGAAGAUCAGAGGCUAGAUGUCCCUAUCAAAUCAUUACGCAAGCGGUUUAGGGAAGGUGACCAUGUGAAGGUCAUCGGAGGUAGCAAAUAUCGUGAUGAGCUUGGAAUGGUUGUUCGCAUCAAGGACGACCGUGUUACAUUACUCACGGAUAUGAGUAUGCAAGAAAUCACGGUCUUUAGCAAAGACCUGCGUGAAGCAGAAGAUGCAGGUGUCGAUGGAAAACUUGGUCAAUAUGAUGUCCAUGACCUUGUACAAAUUGACCAAACCACUGUUGGCUGUAUUAUCAAACUUGAUCGCGAGUCAAUGAAGGUCCUUGAUCAGAAUGGCUCCACGAGAACUUUACUUCCGUCCCGUGUCAUAGGCAAAAUCGAACAUCGUCGAAAUGCCGUAACUACCGAUAGGAACGGCGCUGAAAUCAAAUUCGCCGAUACAGUACGUGAGGUUACUGGAGAACAAAGGCUGGGCGUCAUCCUCCACGUCCACCGAGCUUUUCUUUUCAUGAAUAGCAAAGUUGUUGGUGAUAAUGCUGGAAUUAUUGUAUCGAGAGCAACCAAUGUCGUCACCGUGGCUACCAGUGGAGGCAGUUUAGCACCUAGAGGACCAGACCUUUCUAAGAUGAACCCUGCUCUGCAAAAGAAUGGUUUAAACGGCAACGGCAUGCCACCACCUCGAAGCAUUGGCAGAGAUAGAAUAGUCGGCAAAACAGUCACCAUUCGAAAAGGUCCAUAUAAAGGCCUUCUUGGUAUCAUCAAGGACACAACUGACGAAAUUGCCCGAGUGGAGUUGCACUCUGUCUCUAAAGUAGUUCCUGUUGAGAAAGAGAACUUAACCAUCAAGGAGUAUGUGUCCCAUUUGCCUUAUUCACUUGCCCACAUUGCUGAACAUAUGCAAUCUAGCCCAAUCACUGGUCAACCGAUCGAUCUUCGGCAGUUUAGCCGAGGCGGACCUGGUCGCGGUGGGCCACGAACCCCUCAAGGAGCAUCUGCUGCUCCUCCAAGAGCUGGGGGAGCCUGGCAAGGCGGUAGAACCCCCAUGGCAGUUAAUGAUUCUUCUCGAACACCUGCUUGGCGUUCGUCUUCAUCAAGAACUCCUGCAUGGAAUGCAGCAGCUGCGAGUGGCGCUCGAACGCCUUCGUGGAAAACAGAUGGCUCACGGACAGUCAACGCAUAUGACGCUGGAUAUAAGACCUCUCUCGGGAGCAGAACGCCGGCUUGGGCAGCCGGUAGCAAAACCCCUCGUGACGUUUCUGGCUUUGGAGCAUCGUCUGGAUCCGGAUUCGAUGCAUUCCUUGCCGGAUCUCGAACGCCUGCCCCUGCCAGCCUUCUCUCCGGCUCUCGCACUCCUGCUUGGGGCCAUAGCUCUGGUUCAUCUGGUGGCAAGGCUUUUGAUGCUCCCACUCCUGGUGGUGACUACGCGGCACCUUCGCCUGCUGUAUUUGGUGCUGCACCCACACCCGGCGCCUCUGCUCCUACGCCUCGCCCAUGGAACGAUGCAGCUCCUACACCGGGAGCCAGCGCGCCAACACCAGGUGCUUCAUCAUAUAGCGCUCCUACUCCUGCUGGUGGAAUGGGAUACCCUGCCACGCCUGGGGCAAUGGAUGAUGGAGGACCUCGAUACGAAGAAGGGACUCCAAGCCCAUAA